AUGAUGUUUCGGAAAGCCUUUCCCAUGUUUCGCCGCGCCAACCCAAAUUGGCUACAGUCUCCAUCCUCGCCCACGCUUGCGAUGACCCGAUGCCUGCCUCGAGUCUCCAAGAACAGCCCUCCUGCGCCCAAGCGGCCCCAAAACCAGAAAACUGGAAAGACUGGCUAUAUUGUGGCCAAAGCCGACGAGCUUGUCAACUGGGCACGGCAGGGGUCCCUCUGGCCAUUGACCUUCGCCACUGCCUGCUGUGGAGUUGAGAUGAUGCACACUUCCAUGCCUCGUUAUGAUCAAGACCAACUGGGCAUCUUUUUCCGAAGCUCGCCACGACAGGCUGAUGUGAUGAUUGUAGCCGGCACAAUUGUGAACAAGAUGGCCCCGGCUUUGAGACAGCUGUACGACCAGAUGCCUGACCCUAAGUGGGUGGUUAGCAUGGGUAGUUGCGCCAAUGGUGGAGGGUAUUACCACCACAGCUACAGUGUGGUUCGUGGUGUGGACCGUCUUGUACCAGUUGAUGUUUAUGUCCCUGGAUGCCCACCAACUGCAGAGGCUCUUCUUUAUGGCAUUUUCCUUCUUAAGAGAAAGAUGCGGCGCACACAGAUUGUCAGGAUGUGGUAUCGACGCUGA